AUGGACCACUUUCACAUCCCAGAAAACAUGAAGCCAACUUUCAUUUUUCUCUCUCUCAUCUUCUGUUCCACCUUUCAUGUCUCCUUCUCCAUUACUGAUGGACUGGUGGCGAACGGGAACUUCGAGCUGGGUCCGAAGGCGUCGGAUCUGAAAGGGACGGUGGUGGUGGGAGGAAGCCACUCGAUCCCGGAAUGGGAGAUAUCGGGUUUCGUGGAGUACAUAAAGUCGGGGCAGAAGCAGGGGGACAUGCUGCUGGUGGUGCCGGAGGGGGCGUACGCGGUGAGGCUGGGGAACGAAGCCUCGAUAAAGCAGAGGAUAAGGGUGAUGAAGGGGAUGUACUACUCCAUCACGUUCAUGGUGGCUCGAACCUGCGCGCAGGAGGAGAGGCUGAACAUCUCGGUGACGCCGGACUGGGGAGUGAUCCCGAUCCAGACGCUGUACACGAGCAGCGGGUGGGACCCGAUCGCGUUCGGGUUCAGAGCGGAGAGCGAGACGGUGGAGAUGCUCAUUCAUAACCCUGGCAAGGAGGAGGACCCCGCCUGUGGGCCCCUCGUUGAUUCAGUUGCCCUCAGAACUCUUUACCCUCCAAGACCUACUAAUCAGAACCUAUUGAAGAAUGGUGGGUUUGAAGAAGGACCCUAUGUGUUCCCCAACUCAUCAUGGGGUGUGAUCAUCCCUCCCAACAUUGAGGAUGACCACUCUCCCCUCCCAGGGUGGAUGGUGGAGUCCCUAAAGGCAGUGAAGUACAUAGACUCAGAUCAUUUCUCAGUCCCUCAAGGCAAAAGAGCAGUGGAGCUAAUAGCAGGAAAAGAGAGUGCCAUUGCUCAAGUGGCCAGAACCAUCCCUGGCAAAACCUAUGUCCUCUCAUUCUCUGUGGGGGAUGCCAGCAACUCCUGUGAAGGGUCCAUGAUUGUGGAAGCCUUUGCAGGCAAAGACACCAUCAAAGUGCCCUAUGAGUCCAAAGGCAAAGGAGGGUUCAAACGUGCAGCCCUUAAGUUUGUGGCUCUUGGACCAAGAACAAGAGUCAUGUUCCUUAGCACAUUCUACACCAUGAGAAGUGAUGACUUCUCUUCACUAUGUGGACCUGUUGUUGAUGAUGUCAAGUUGGUAAGCCUGCGUAAACCAUAA